AUGUCAGCCGGGACAGUGGUCAUCGCAGGUGGAAUUCUGGCUGCCGUCAUCUUACUCACCAUUGUCGCUGUGCUGUGUUUAUGUAGAUUGCAGUAUUACUGCUGUAAAAGGGAGGAGUCCGCGAAGGGGGAGGAGGAGGAACCAGAGCUGUCCACCAUGUCGCCUUCGCACCCCCUGGCUCUGUCAGCUCCCCCGACGCCGCCUACCCCGGAGCGUUACAGCGACGAACCCGAGACAUACCCGCCUACCUUCCUGACCGAGGCCAACGGGCCCGCCAGCUUCACGCCACCGCCUCCACUGCGGCGGUGCCAGCGGGGGCACGGCUUCUGCCCGGCGUGCGCCCGCUGCACGCUGCCCUUCUACCUCCACCACCCGGAGCGUCUCUGCAACGGGGGCCGACCGGCCGGCGGGUACCGCUGUGUGCACCAGGACCUGGAAAUGCCCGCUGACCUGGCAGGGUUCUACCGCAAGCUGGACCUCAUCCGCUCCAUGGCCACGCGGGAGGUGGUCACACGCAGCGUCAGCACAGACGUCUAG